AUGCGUUUCUCUACAGCUACUGCUCUUGGCAUGGUCGUUGGCCAGGCUAUAGCUGGUGUUUGUCCAUAUUCUGAUGCUCAAGAAAAGAGGAGCGCUUGUCCUUAUGCAGGAAGAAGUGUCUCUGAUACUCCAAGAGAGCAUUUCCCUCGUGCUGGUAGUGGUGUAGCUCCAGGUAAAAAGGGUGUUAUGUUCAUGAACAGGAUUGCUCCAUCCGUAUCUACUCUAUAUAUCGCCAAUGCAGAUGGAAGCAAUGAACGUGAACUUCUCGGAAACAGCUCUUCCUACGAUUAUCACGGAAACUUCAGUCCUGAUGGAAAGUAUGUUAUCUUCACCACUGAACGUAACGCAGAUGGACAGUCGGAUAUUUACAGAGUCAAGAUUGAUGGUACCGGAUUGGAAUCCUUGGUUGCAACACCAUCUUUUGAAGAUGCAGGUGUACUUUCGCCUGAUGGAACAACACUUGCUUAUGUAUCCACCCAAGGAAACUUCACAGCAAACAUCUGGAUUAAGGAUCUUACUACAGGAGUUGCCUUUAACCUAACCAACACACCCACCACAGCUGGUGACAAUGCCCUUCCAGACGGUCAUUUCCGUCCUUCUUUCUCGCCUGAUGGAGAGUGGAUUGCCUUUUCCUCCGACCGUAACACCGCUUGGACCGGACACAGCAACGGUACCGGUUGGGAACAUACCCAAGAGCUUUCCGUCUACAAGAUCCGACCAAACGGAUCCGACUUCUCCCAAGUUGUCACCAAAGCUGGUUACUCUCUUGGAUCGCCAAAAUGGAGCCCGGAUGGAUCCCGAAUCAUAUUCUAUGAGAUGACUAGAGAGAACACCUACAACGCCCACAUGACCUCCGUCGAUAGUGCAGAGACACAAAUCGCAUCAGUUGAUGUUGCUACCGGACUGGAUUAUGUUUACCAUACCUCUGGAGUUGGAUGCAAAGUCAAUGGCCAAUUCGUAACCGCUGAUGUUGUCGGUUUCAAUACCAAGGGUUCAACUGAUGACAACAUUGGUAUCAACUACAACGGCACCGGUGCUGCGAACUACACCACCAUCCUGGGUGAUAUGCGUAACCCCUCUUGGUCUCCAGAUGGAACCCUGGUCAUCUAUGAAAAGACUAGUUUCACCCCCGUCCGUCCAAUGGAGAAACCCUUGUACAGUUGGGACGGUGAUUUUGAAUACCGCUUCACCGAUGUCUUCCCCAUGCUUUCCAAACAAAACAAAUUGGCCAUCACUCAAAAACAACUCGGUAACUCAUCAAUUGUCACCAUGAACCCAGAUGGUACUGAUCUCGAUUUGGUCUUUGAUGUCUUUUCCACAAACCAAACCUCGUCCUCAGAUACUUCUACUGGUCUUGCAGGUGCAUUCCAACCUUCUUGGACUGCCGAUGGCGAAUGGCUUACCUUUGGACUCGGAUACUGGUUUUUCGAAAGAUCCAUUGAGCCAGGUUGGAUUUAUCGCGUAACAGCUAACGGCUCUCACUACGAGCAAUUGACUUUCGGAGAAGCCGGUGUUUCCAAUGCAGGAUUCCCAUCUUACUCACCCGAUGGAACUAAGAUUGUUUACAGAGAGUGUGGCCCUGCUCCUUUGUACUGCAUCGGUCUUCGCAUUCUGAACCUUGCUGAUGGUACUGUCACAAACUUGACCGAUACCUGGGACAACACUCCUGGUUGGUCUCCAGACGGAGAGCGCAUUGUCUUCACCCGUCGUAACCACCUUAACUUCGAUGAUCUUUCAGCUACCGAUUCUUACGACGUUUACACUAUCUUCCCUAACGGAACUGGCCUCACACAAGUAACUACCAGUGGAGCCAAUGAUGCGCACGCCGUUUGGUCCGCCGAUGGAAGAAUCUUGUACAGCAGUGGAAUGUAUGGAUUCAGAGAGGAGAGUCCUCUCUAUGAUAAUGCCUUCCAGCCUUAUGGACAAAUCAUCUCGAUGAACUUUGAUGGAUCAAACAAGACCAUGUUGACUGAUAGUAUGUGGGAGGAUAGUAUGCCUCUUUACUUUCUCAAUGAUGAGUUUUAG